GAUGUGUUAGUGCGUAUGGGGAGACUUUUACCUUCACUCAUUUAUGUCAUCUCAUUGCGCGCGCGCAAUUUCCACAUUUUUAUACACAAUGCGAUUUUAAAGUCUCGGAUAGUCCUGAUAUUGCUUGCUAUUGGAUCUAAAAAGUGGUAUCACCCGUUCUUAGUUGUAAACCCGCCCCCGAUCACAGUCAGACCCUCCCCCUGCCCUGUUCUGAAGGACGGAGCGGGCGGUGUGUUCGGGGAUCGCGCCGUGUGUUGUUGCUCUCUUGUCGCUUGCGUUAGCGCAUUAUAAAUGCUUCACUAUAGUCGACUAUUUUCGGCAGAGACCUAUACCCACCCUGUGGAAUCCGAUUCUUUUUUGUAAAGCGUGACUGGUGGUGUUUAUUACCUUCGUCUAAGAUAAGUGGUCUCACACAACGCUGAUCAGUCGUCAUAAGUGUUGGUAAGAGACGAUGUUUGUCAGUCGAGGAGUCCGGUCUGCGUCAUCAUUCACCUAUUAUAACUUGACGGGUUCAGUGCAGGUUACAAUAAACAAACCACAGGCUGCCGCGGGAGCAGUGCAUAACACUAGCAUUAUUUCCUGCUCCCAAGUCUGUACACACAGUCUCUGUGUUCUGCCUGCUGGAGCACUACAGGAGAAAUAUGUGAGACGCACCACACGUAAACAUGUGUCUCCUGCUGUGACCGCCGGCAAAUCGGCUUCAAGACUUGGCUUCAUUUCGCCCUUUUCGUGGAGAAGCCAGGAUCGUAAUACGAAUAACCGACUACAUUCCACCAAAAGCUUAUUUUGUCUUGGUACCGAAACGUGUAUCAUUGGCUCCUCCACGAACAAACUUCUGUCAAGUGCUUUAUCCACCGCUUCGAAACAGAAACAAGCCGACUGGAUGAAGACGGACCCGGCCACACAGGUUCAGAAGGUACUGCUUUCUAAGAGCUCACAAGCAGGAGCUGAAAAGCCAGAGCCUGAGGAAAAGCAAAAUAAAACAGAAGAGCUGAAGAAGGUUUUUAAGGAAUACGGUGCUGUUGGUGUUUCAUUUCACAUUGGAAUAUCUAUCAUUUCUCUUGGAAUUUUCUACACUGCUGUGUCUAGAGGCUUAUGUUUAAGAAGACCAGUCUCAUUUGUCAGUGGACUUACCAAGUUCCUGCUGAUACCAGGCAGAUUUUGAAACCGGACCACACCCACAACGAUGUUGUCAGGCACAUGAAAAUAUUUUACCAAUGAAAAAGACCUUGUGGUAAUUAUUCAUAGCUAUUAAAAUUUAUUGUCUCCUGAUAUUUAAACAGAUUGUUAGCAUGAAAUGUAUUUGUCCCAGUUUACCUGUACAUGUAACAGCGUUACGUAAUCAGGAUACAAAAAACGGGUAACUCUAGUCCGUUACAGUUGCACCAAAAAAACAAAGUAAUCAGAUUACAGGUACAUUUUGUAAUAAUAAUAAUAAUAAUAAUAAUAAUAAUAAUAAUAAUAAUAAAUUAUGGGAAUACUAUCAGGAUUACAAUUUUUUUAUUUAAAACCAAAGAAAUGAAAUUUCUGCUUAAAUUGAAAAAAUAUUAAUUUGCGAAUUAUAUUUUUGCUGAGAUCACCACUGGCGACUAUAUAAAUUUACACAUUAUAAGUUUAAAUAUUUGCAUCUAAUGUCUUUUUCAUUGUGUGUUCUGUGAGGUGUAACCUGUCACAUAAUUUGUUGUCUUGAUAAUAAAAUGAGACGCUGUGCAUGAAAGUUUCAGUGGGGGAAAAAAGCAGUUUCACUGAGUUCAAAUUCAUCCAUAGCACCAAAAUAUGCACGGAGAAGGCAAGGAUCAGCUUUCAGUUUGUUGCAUUUUUUUAUGUAUUUAUUAACACAAACACCUACUGUUAUGUCUUUCAAUAAAUAAUGUUAUAUUUGUGAGAGAGUUUUUAUUUAGAAUAUUGUAGACUUCUGGAAGAAAUAUGUGCUCACUCACAUAACUGUGAUUUUCUAGGCUAAAUAUGUGACCGUUCUCAAAGGCACAAUACCUGGACAUAUUGAUAAUAUUUAUCUUUUUUCCUCUUAGUGCAGUUUUUUUUAGAAAUGCAAUUGUGUGAUUUGACCACAAGAGAGCUCCAUUGUCCACUUUAGUUCAGCUGUUUAGACUAAACUAAAUCUGAUGGUUUUCUGUCCCAACAAGUACACUUUCACUGCAAUUUACUGAAAAAAGGUCCAAAAAAAAUUGAAGAUGAAAAAAAUAUCAUACAAGUUUUAGCUUGUACCUUUGUCUUAACACCACCUCCAUCAUAGCACAUUUGUCCACCAUAGCAGAGGAAACACAUCCUGACAGCAAAGUAUGGUACUGUUCAAUAAGAAAGAAAUCUUAUACAUGUGUCAAAUUCAUAAUGCUGACUUGUUUACCCAGAACAGGUAAGUCCUGUGAUUUUCAGCCUACUAUCCCUAUAUUUGUCCAUCAUAGCAAGGGUGAACGCAUCCUGACAGCUGAGGAAGUUACUGUCAGAUACUGUACUUUAUGUAUAUGUUUCUAUGCUUAAAUACGUGUUAGUAGAUCAGGUAAAAUUUGCUAGUUAAAUAAUUCAUUGGGUAAGUUAGUUAACUUUAGCCAUGCGUAGCUGCAGUGAUGAGUUGGUAUAGUGUAUAGUUGGUACUGUUGUUGCCUGAAUUUCCAAGGGUUGCUGGUUCAGUUCUCAGCUUUGUAUAAUUUUGUAGAGUUUUACAGUUCCUCCUGGGCCAGUGUGGGUUUCCUACAGGUUCUUCAGUUUUCUCCCACGUCUUGAAAAUAUGCCACUUAAUGGUUUAGCUACUGGUCUGACUUGGGAGACUACCACGACUCUGAGAUCUGUAUCUGACACCAUUACUCCAUACAGAAUCUCUCCAGAUCCUUCAAAUUUCGAGGUCCACGCUGGUGGACUCGCCUCUUCAGUUCACCCCACAGGUUUUCUAUGGGGUUCAGGUCAGGGGACUGGGAUGGCCAUGGCAGGACCUUGAUUUUGUGGUCAGUAAACCAUUUCUGUGUUGAUUUUGAUGAUGUUUUGGAUCACUGUCCUGCUGGAAGAUACAACCAGAGCCCAUUUGAAGCUUUCUGGCAGAGGCAGUCAGGUUUUCAUUUAAUAUCUGUUGAUAUUUGAUAGAGUCCAUGAUGCCAUGUAUCCUAACAAAAUGUCCAGGUCCUCUGGCAGAAAAACAGCCCCAAAACAUUAAAGAUCCACCUCCAUAUUUAACCGUGGCCAUGAGGUACUUUUCCAUAUGGCUACCUCUCUGUGUGCUCCAAAACCACCUCUGGUGUUUAUUACCAAAAAGCUCUAUUUUGGUUUCAUCUGACCAUAGAACCCGAUCCCAUUUGAAGUUCCAGUAGAGUCUGGCAAACUGAAGACGCUCGAGUUUGUUUUUGGAUGAGAGUAGAGGCUUUUUUCUUGAAACCCUUCCAAACAACUUGUGGUGAUGUAGGUGACUUCAGAUUGUAGUUUUGGAGACUUUCUGACCCCAAGACACAACUAAGUUCCAGCUAAGUUUCCUGCUGUGAUCCUUGGAGAUUUUUUGGCCAUUCGGACUGUCCUCUUCACAGUGCAUUGAGACGAUAUAGACACACGUCCAAUUCCAGGUUCAUAACAUUUCCAGUUGACUGGAACUUCUUAAUUAUUGCCCUGAUGGUGGAAAUGGGCAUUCCCAUUUUGUGAAGCUCAACAACGUUUUGCCGCACAUCACAGCUAUAUUCCUUGUUCUUACCCAUUGUUAUGAAUGACUAAGGGAAUUUGGUCUAUGUUUUACCUCAUAUUUAUACCCCUGUGAAACAGGAAGUCAUGAUUGAA